AGCGGAAAUGUAGUUUUUCUUCCGUGAAGAUUCCAGAGUUUAGAACGCAGUUGUUCCAUUUUUAAAACUACAAUAACUGUGAGCCACUUGUGCCACAGAGGCGGGGAGACAGAGAGAGAGUAUGCGAGACUUGCCCCGGGACUUUUCUUGCACGUUAACCACGUCUUGGACUGAAGAGGAGGGGAAGCCUUUAGCUGACGUGAGAUCUUCAUUUCCCACACCAUCAUGUCCUCAGAGAACACCUUGGAUGACGAGGACACCUUCAAGAUCCUGAUUGCUACAGAUAUUCAUCUCGGUUACCUCGAGAAGGAUGCUAUUCGUGGCAAUGACUCUUAUAACACACUUGAGGAGAUCCUGAAAUGUGCUAAGACAAAUCAGGUGGAUUUCAUCCUGCUGGGUGGUGAUUUGUUCCACGAGAACAAGCCGUCACGGCGAUGCCUCCACAGCUCCAUCACUAUGCUUAGACAAUACUGCAUGGGAGACACACCCAUACAAUUCAACAUCCUCAGUGACCAGACUGUGAACUUCAACACCACUCAGUUCCCCUGGGUUAACUAUCAGGAUGAAAACCUGAACAUCUCUAUUCCGGCAUUCAGCAUUCAUGGUAACCAUGAUGACCCAACUGGGGCUGAAGGUUUGUGUGCGUUGGAUCUGCUAAGUGCCUCUGGUCUUGUCAAUCACUUUGGUCACUCCCAUUCAGUGGAGAGGAUAGAAAUUAGUCCCAUCCUCAUGCAGAAAGGCAACACCAAGCUAGCCUUAUUUGGUCUUGGCUCUAUCCCAGAUGAGCGCUUGUACAGGAUGUUUGUCAACAACCAGGUAACGAUGCUUCGUCCCAAAGAAGACCAAGAUGAAUGGUUUAACCUCUUCACCAUCCACCAGAACAGGAGUAAACACGGACCCACUAACUAUAUCCCUGAGCAGUUUCUGGAUGAUUUUGUCGACUUGGUGGUGUGGGGUCAUGAGCACGAGUGUUUGAUUGCGCCAACCAGAAAUGAACAGCAGCUCUUCUAUGUGACACAGCCUGGCAGCUCUGUAGCCACCUCCCUGUCCCCUGGAGAGGCAACCAAGAAGCACAUAGGGCUGCUGAGGGUGAAAGGUCGUAAGAUGAACCUGCAAAAGAUCCCCCUAAAGACGGUGCGUCAGUUCUUCAUACAAGACGUGGUGCUGGCUGACUACCAAGACCUCUUCACACCUGAUACGCCCCAGGUCACAAAGAAAGUGGAGGACUUGUGCUAUGCAAAGGUCACAGAGAUGUUGGAAGAAGCUGAAAGAGAAAGACUUGGAUGUCCGCUCACCCCAGAGAAACCUCUUAUUCGCCUCAGGGUGGACUACAGUGGAGGCUUCGAUACGUUCAACACUUCUCGCUUCAGUCAGAAGUUCGUUGACCGCUUAGCCAACCCAAAAGACAUCAUUCACUUUCUCAGACGCCGUGAGCAGAAAGAAGACAUCAAGGAUGAGGUCAAUGUUGACUACGGCAAACUGUUAAAAAACACAGCAGUUGAAGGGCUGAGAGUGGAGGACCUGGUUAAACAAUAUUUUGAGGCAACCGAACAGACAGUAAAGCUGUCCCUUCUGACGGAGCAGGGAAUGGGGAAGGCAAUUCAGGAGUUUGUAGACAAAGAUGAGAAAGACGCCAUUGAAGAGCUGAUCACUUACCAGUUAGAGAAGACACAGCGCCACCUCCAGGCCAGAGGAGUAACCACGGAGCAGGAUAUAGACACUGAGAUCCAGCGAUUCAGAGACUCAAAAAGGAACACAACUGAGGAGGAGAAUGAAAUCAAAGAAGUUAUCAGCAGAGCCAAAGCUCACCGCUUGGAGCGUGGCGAUGAGCCUGUAGACUUUGAUUUAUCCAGUGAACUUACUUUGGACUCUGACGAAGGCUCGGCCCCUUUUGCUCCCCCCACACGUGGCAGAGGGCGAGGAGCCAGGGGGCGGGGUGUCCGGGGAAGAGGGAGAGGUGCAGCUGCCUCUGAACCAAAGCCAGCCGGUCGGGGCCGUUCCCAGAAAUCCUCAACAACAACCCAAAGCAGGAGCAUUAUGCAAGCAUUUCAAGCUUCAUCCCAGAGAUCAUCUCGGACUGCAGAUGAAAUGAUCAUUGAUGACUCAGAUGAAGAUGUGCCUGUAAUGAAAGCUACCCGACCCCCUCCAAAGCCAGCAGCAUCGUCGUCGUUGCCCUUCACCAAGUACAGCUCUCAGAGCCAGAGUCAGAGCCAGUCAUCUAGAGGAGUUGCAUUUGAUGACAGUGAUGAUGAUGAUGAUGAGGACCCAUUCAAAGGCCCCAGCCAUCGUUCACGGAGAUAACAUAAGCGCACCUAUUAUGUAACACUUGUUAAUGUUGUAACGGUAAUAAGCAUUUGAGCUGCUGCAGCGUUGUUCUGAGGGACUUUUUUAUUUUCUCAGCACUCCUAAUGUUGACAAUAGAUAAGUUGAUUAGCUACUAAAGGGCUAAAACUAUCCAACCAAUCUAUUUUGGUAAAGGAUAAAGGCUAUAGGGGGCCAUGGUGGAGAUGGCUUUCAGACAAAAUUAGCAUUUGUUAGCCACCAGCUGAACCUUCCAACUAGUGCAUCUGUUUCUGUACAUCAACGCUGAUGAAAGUUGGGUUUGUCAUUAGCCUUUAUAGCUCUCUGAUAUUCAGGAAAUUAUAAAUGUUUUUUCAUACAUAACAACCGUCUCCUUGUUUUUUAAUUAUGGUCUUUGUCUUAGUAAAAAAAAAAUCAGCUUCCUAAAAGAGUUCAUAGAUCAAUGCAUCGUCAAAUGUGGCAAAAAAGUCCUUCUCACAGCUCACUUGACUCCUUUCAUUGGCCCUCCACCCUCUGCUUUUGUCUUUUCCAUUCUCCCCAAAAAAUCUGUCUGGUAGAAAUUGUUACAUUUUAAGGGGUCCAAGCACCAGUUGAGCUUGAGUACCAGAUUCUUUUUUUCCACUGCCUUGCUGCUAAAAACUGGUUUUGCAGCAGUUGAAGGUAGGGAUGUAAAACAAUUAAGGUUGGUGGUAAAGUUGGAUCAAUGGUCACGGACACAAAGGGACAUCUAUCCAUGACAAG